AUGGCUGCAGAGGGACCAGCUGGUAAGAGGGAGAAGCUGAUAUUGGACCUGCACGAUAUAGGCGGAGUCAAGUUCGGCGAAUACAAGUUGAAGACGGGAGUGACAUCGCCGAUCUACGUGGACGUGAGGUGCAUUGUGGGCUAUCCGGAGUUGAUGGUGAGGCUGAUUGAUUGCAUGUGGGAGGCGUUUCAAGAGAGAAAUUCCGAGGCAAUGAAGCGCCUGCCGCUGAUAGCGGGAGUGCCAUACACGGCGUUGCCGAUCACGUCGGGGAUGUCGAUCAAGUACGGGUGGAGGAUGGUGAUGGUGAGGAAGGAGAAAAAGGCGUAUGGAACGGGAAGAGAGGUGGAGGGCGUGUAUCGUCAGGGAGAGGGUUGUUUGAUUGUGGAGGACGUUGUGACGAGUGGGAGCAGCAUAUUGGAGACUCGUGAGAAGUUGGAGAGGGACGGCCUUCGAUGCGAGCACGCGCUGGUGCUGAUAGAUCGAGAGCAGGGUGGAUCGAGUAAUUUAGCGAGCAGAGGCAUCAAGCUUACAAGCGUUCUCAAUAUGUCCGAAAUGUUGUCGACUUUAAAGAAAUAUGGUCGCAUAAGUGAGGAGGUUGAGAGGGAGACGUUGGAUUAUCUGGGGCGUCACCCGUCUAAUUUGAAUGGGCGAUUUUUGAACGGUUUGAAAUCGAAAGUGGCCGAUUCUCCUAGACUCAGGUUCGCAAUGCGCGCAGACAUGACCGAUUGUGAAUUUAACAAAAAUUUGUUUCAACUGAUGGAAAGAAAAAAAUCCAAUUUGUGUGUUGCGAUGGAUGUGACUUCUAAGUCGGAGUUUCUUCGUCUGACAGAGCUUUUGGCGCCCGAGAUAUGUUUGCUCAAGCUUCACGUCGACACGAUUGACGACUUUGACUUUGAUUUCGUUCAUCGGCUUCAAGACCUGAGUCUGGAGCACCAGUUUUUCAUCUUUGAAGAUAGAAAGUUUGCCGACAUUGCGCAAGUCGUGCGUCGCCAAUACGCGCAUGGCGUUCAUAAGAUAUGUACAUGGGCCCACCUCGUGGACAGUCAUUUGAUCAGCGGCGCGUCUAGCGUCAAGGCGCUUGCCGAGGCGGCUUCUGGUUGUCCAAAGCAACGCGCUGAAGACAGUCGAGCCAUUGUGCUCAUAACGCAAAUGAGCACGGCGGACGCGCUUACCAGGUCCGAAGUGGACUUGUUUGGUGCUUCGAUGCAGGCCGCGCGCGACAUGCCCUCUUCGAUUUCUGGUUUCGUCUGCCAGAAGAAGUUUUACCAAGACGCUCACGGGCUCAUCUGUUACGUUCCCGGCGUACACCUGUCGUCCGAAUCAGACGGAGGUGGGCAAUGCUACCGCACGCCGGAGAGCGCCGUGGAAAGUGGCGCCGAUGUGAUCAUAGUUGGGCGCGGCAUUCUCGAGUCGCCAGAUCCUGUUGCUGCUGCGAAGAUGUACAGAAGUCGCUGCUGGGACGCCUAUCUUCGCGCGAUCUAA